AUGGAUCCGCCUCCACUUUCCUCCCGGAGCUGGAGCAUCUACGGCCAGUCGGAGAUCACCCAGCGGUACGAGAUCCUGGAAUGCAUCGGCUACGGCGCCUACGCCGACGUCUACCGCGCCUGCCGGCGGUCGGACGGCGUCGUGGUAGCCCUCAAGGAGGUCCACGAUUACGAGAGCUCGUUCCGGGAGAUCGAGGCCCUUCAGAUCCUCCGGGACGCUCCCAACGCCGUCGACCUCCUCGAGUACUUCUGGCAGGAGGACGAUGACGCCGACGAGGACGCCGUCCUCGUCCUGGAGUUCCUCCCCACGGACCUGGCCUCCGUCAUCUGCGACGCCAAGAGGGGCGGCGGCAUUGCCGUCGGCGAGGUCAAGCAGUGGAUUCUCCAGAUUCUGCGGGGGCUCGGCGCGUGCCACCAGAACGCGGUGGUCCAUCGGGAUCUCAAGCCGUCCAAUCUGCUCAUCUCCGCCGAGGGGGUUCUCAAGCUGGCGGAUUUCGGGCAGUCGAGGAUACUUCAGGAAACUAGAUUUAUCUCCACGGACGGUAGUCUGCAUCAACAAGGUUCAGAGAAUGAGGCAUGGAUACCACUACAGCCUGCAAAGGUGCAGGAGAGCAACCAGCCAUGGCCAGAUGGACCCGAAAACCAGACUUCUCUAGAGGCCAGACCUAUCAACGAAGAUGAAUAUCUUCGGGAGCUGGAUGGCCUCAAGGCAAACUAUGCAAUGGAAGACACUGAUAAGGAGAUGAGUCUGCAAGACUGUGAUGCAUCUUGUCUUGCCACGUGUAGCACUGGCGAUGUGGAAGAUGAUCCCUUCAAAGGCUCCUAUACCUAUGAGGUUCUUGAGGUUGAAGAAGAUGAUGAAUCUGGUGCCCUCACCUCAUGUGUUGGAACACGGUGGUUCAAAGCUCCAGAGCUUCUCUAUGGAUCCACAAAGUAUGGGCUAGAGAUUGAUCUCUGGUCGCUAGGCUGCAUUUUUGCUGAACUUCUUAGUUUAGAACCUCUCUUCCCAGGGACAUCAGAUAUCGAUCAGCUUGGUAAAAUUAUUAGCGUCUUGGGAGACUUCACCGAAGAAAUAUGGACAGCUCGCUCCAAGUUACCUGAUUACAAUAAGAUUUCCUUCAGUAAAGUUGACAACCCAAUUGGUUUGGAAGGAUGUCUGCAAAAUCGAUCAGCUGCUGAAGUUAAUCUCGUUAGGAGGCUUCUUUGCUAUGAUCGUGCUAGUAGAGUUUCAGCUGCGGAGCUUCUUCAUGACAGAUACUUUACUGAAGAGGCUCUAGAUGAGUUGAGGGUUCCUUCCAUAAAGGAUGGGCAUGACGAGAGCUCUCCUGGAGAAUGGGCUGAUUACAGGGAUUUGGGUUCAGAUUCUGAUAUUGAUGAGUUCGGCAUGGAUGUGACAACCACUGAAAAGGGUUUCUCAAUACGAUUCUCAUAAUGUAGACAAUCUCAAUUAGUAUUUUUGUGUAUGUACAUUGUGUUGACCAGGUAGGCAGGUGAAAAUUUCAUAAACCUGCCCCUGCAUAUGCAUGGGGGAAGGCUGAUGAGCUGUGUUAAUAGUAAUCGAUGAUGCUGAGAAGACAACUGCAAUUUGCUCCGGUAAUGUUUGUAUCAUUCGGAUGGGAAAAGUUGUAUAGAAACUUGGGAUUGCAGAGAAAAGAACUUAUGGGAGUUUACAAAAAGAAA